AUGGCUGCUGGCCAGUUGGUGCCUGACGAUUUGGUCCUUCAGCUGCUGUCCGAAAGAAUUAAAAGCCCCGAGUGUUCGAGAGGAUUCAUCUUAGAUGGAUAUCCAAGAAAUCAGGAACAGGCAAAGGCACUGGACAAGCUCCUCGCUUCACAAAAGCAGAAGCUGGACGGUGUCGUUUUCUUCGACACCCCAGAGGAAACCCUCGUUCAGAGAAUCUGCGGCCGCCGCAUUCAUCCUGCGAGUGGACGCGUCUAUCAUACGGUCUUCAGGCCCCCUAAGGUGCCUGGCAAGGACGACGUUACAGGGGAGGAUUUGGUUCAAAGGAAGGAUGACAACGAAGAAACUCUUAAGAAGCGCCUGCAGGUGUUCAACAGCCAGACGGUUCCCCUGGUGAGUAGAUACGAAAAACAGGGGCUGCUGCAACGCAUUGACGGGAGCCUUCCUGCUGCAGCUGUCAGCGAUCAGCUGUACGCAUUCGUUCAGAAACGCUCUCACAGCAGCAAGCCAUAA